AUGCGUUACUCACUGAGGCUUCUUUCGGCCACAAGGGCGCCUCUUGCCGACUACAUCGAGUAUUUGCGGCAGGUAGACAAAGAGCUCCCCUCGCUUCACGAGAUUUUUCCAAAGUCUAACGUAGUCGAGGAUGUGGUCAAGUUUCACGCGUCUCUUUGUGCGGCAAUGGAGGAGAACGCGUAUCCUCUCAUAGGUUUUAAAGUUCUACCACCCGAACACGAGGCUAUUACUACACUGCGUGGUACGCAGCCUGUGUGUUUUCCCAUCUUCGAGAAUCUGUUCCAAAGAAAAAGUGUAUCUAUCAAGCACGAUCGGCUUCAGUACAUCGAAACUGCGAUAUGCCUUGAGGUCAGAAAUCUUCUGGAUGACUGCAGCACAGUGGACGCAGCUUCACUCAACACUGUUUCAUUCUCUCCAAGUCUUGAGGUGUCGGGGUCACGAUUUCCGUUCUACGCACCAACGCUAACUGCCAUGGCAUGCGAUCUUGAUGGGUGCGUCAGUAUAACAAAAGGAUGUAGCAUCUCCCUGGACAGUAUCAAAAGAGACAGUUUGACGACUACUCGCUUUGUCUUGACGCACAAUCAAGAGCCUAUUCAGACGGGCUCAGCGAAACUGUGCAUGGAAACUCCAUUUAGUGCUGUCGUCGCCGCAGCUGCAUAUGCGAAGGCGAUCAAAGCUCCAGCAAAGAAGAGCCUCUUUGUCUUUUGCGGUGGAGUGUCUCCGCGCACACCCAUUCAGGCCGGCACCUACGCUUUCGAAUGGGGCCGCUUUGGUCGACUUACGUAUUCUGUUCUGCCUUGA